AUGGGAAGGACUCUAACUGCCAAUAAAUAUGCCUUUCAAGGACCUCCCUCAGAGUUCCAAUGCCCGAUUACAGGUUCCUUAUUGUAUGAUCCCAUCACACUCCCAAAUGGCUCGACACUCGAGCGUGUUUUCAUCGAAGCCUUCAGAGAGUUCAACUACAUUCCUUCGUCUCCUUUUUAUCUGACAACUAAUGAGGAGCUCAAAUCCAAGAUCCUCGAAUGGUGUGAUCUCAACGUCUAUCCUUGCCCUCGCCCCAUCUCUGUAGAAGAAGCCUGUGAUUGCAUUAAAGGAUUAUUGGCCUUCUAUGACAAUUUUCACUCAUGGUUUACAAAGGUUUCUGAAGAUGACAAUGGUGGAUAUUUCUUGAAUUCAAGAAACCAACUUUAUCCCUCUUCAUUCUCUUCCAAAGGUGAUGAAACCAACGUCAGUUCUCUCAGAAAGUUCAAGCAGAUCAUUAGGGAGCCAGAUGUAAAGAAAACUUUACCAAGAAUCACCUACAACAGAAGGCCUCCUUCGUAUUUCUCCGAAGCAAUGGAAACCCUCAUUAGGAGAAAGACUGCAGUUUCUGAUUCUUCUUCUUUGCAGUGAAUGAAUUCAAAUCCAAAAGAAGAUAUAAUAAAGAAUCUAGAAGACAGUGACAGCUCAGUACAGGCGAGUGCACUUGUCACCCUACAAAAGUAUGCCAUUCCAUCAGCACCAUCAUUGAUGGAAAUGCAAUGUUCCGCGACCUAUUUGCUGAUAAAUGUAGCAGCUUCAAUGGGGCAUGCACACUCUUUAAAAUCAUCAAAAUGUUCGCAGGACAAUCAACACAUAGGUUCCAUAUAGUUUUUCCAAUAUCUGAACACACUGAUCAUUCACUGAUGAAAAAUAAUCCAAAAGCCGCAAAAGUUCUCUCCCCAUGACUGCUUUAUUGACAUCUUCUCAUGACAAAGCCUCAAGCACGUUAGCAGCGAGGUUGCGAGCCUCGGCCACUGGACUUUGCUCAAGGAUAUUAACUAGUUGUUCGAGAAUAUUAUCAAAGUGGGCCAGUUUUUCUCUGUUUGACUUUUCACUGGCCAGAAAAGAAAUGAAUAAGAGAACACUGUUGACCUCGGCGUGAGUAAAUUUGCCAAGCAUGGGGACAAUAG